CUACCAGGUUGUGUUCAGCUCCUUUAGGAUCAUGACAAUUCCAAUUGCCCGACAAUUGCUGAGACUGCUGCAGAUCUAUUUACCGAGAAUUGGCCGGGAAAAGGUAGAGGCAUUAACUCAAGAAGCACAAAGGUCCAAAGCUUACCUCCUGACUGAGCCAGUCGUUACCAUAAACUUUGUAGAAUAUCUGCAGUAUCUAGAACAGAUCAAAGAACGGGUUGAAGAAAUGGAGCAGGAAUUAGAAUAUCUAAGGGAUCUAUAUGAUUUGCUGGAAGAAUUCCAUGUGCCGAUAUCCUCACAAUCUGAAGACAUGUUCUAUGAAUAUGCUGAGAAAUUGAGCAUGCUUAGGAAUACAAUUGAAGAUGUUCUGUCAAAGAAAGAACUCAUACUUAAAAAAUUCAAUGACACUAUCGCAGUUGACAUUAAAAUUUUGAUGGAUGAAGUAUUGGUUAUAAGAAAUCUUAUUUGGGAACCAUGGCUAAUAGAUGAGAAAUCAGAAAAGAGAUAUGUUGAUAAUGCAUUAAGCUCAUAUUUAGAAAAACUUGAAGGAAUAAUGGAAAAGGCAGAAACCCUUAAAAAUUACCAAAAACAAUGCAAAGUUGAAAUGUAUCGCUUUGAGACAUUAGAGGAAGUCAUUAAUGAUUUGAAUUUGAGAAAAGCUCUUUGGCAAGAUAGUGCAUCUUGGGAGGAAGACACUGCUAACUGGACGACUUGUCCAUUUUCCGAGUUGAACCCGGACGAUAUUCAAAACGUUAUUGCACGUUACUUUAAGAACAUAUACAAAUAUGAAAAAGGGAUACCGCAAAAUGACAUAGUCCCCGCCCUAAAGGAAAAAGUCGAAAAGAUGAGAGAUAAGCUGCCGACAAUCACCACUCUGACAAAUCCAGAUUUGAAACAAAGGCAUUGGUCUAGGAUUGAACAAAUACUUAAUCAAAAGAUUGACACAGAUAAACCGAUUACCCUAGAGCAGCUAGAACAACUCAAUAUUUACAAGUAUCAUGAAAAACUUACAGAAAUUUCAGCUCAGGCCACCUCUGAGGCUGGACUGGAGGACUUGCUAAAGAAGACUGAAGACAUCUGGAAGACACUGGAGUUGCCUCUAACAAAAUAUAAAGAUGCAAAGGACAUUUAUAUUUUGGGAGGCGUUGAAGAAAUACAGCUAGCAUUAGAUGAAACCAACAUUAAUCUAAGUACCAUGAUCAGUUCUAGGAAUGUUGGCCCAAUCAAGCACAAAGUCGAUGACUGGAUUCGAAGAGUCGACAUAUUCACAAAGACAUUGGAUGAAUGGUUGACAUGCCAGAAAAACUGGCUUUAUUUAGAGCCUAUCUUUUCAGCACCAGAUAUACAAAGACAACUUCCAGCUGAAGCCAAGCAGUUUCAGACGGUUGAUAAAUCAUGGAAAAUGAUCAUGAGAAAAACAGCCAAGAAUGCACUGGCUUUCCCUGCUUGUACAACUGAAGGUACUUAUGACAUAUUCAAGAAUAAUAACAAACUGCUUGAACAGAUAAUGAAAUGUCUGGAAGCAUAUUUGGAAUCAAAGAGGAUGGUUUUUCCAAGAUUUUACUUCUUGUCCAAUGAAGAGCUCCUUGAAAUUCUGGCUCAGACAAGAAAUCCUCAUGCUGUUCAACCUCACCUUCGCAAGUGUUUUGAUGCUAUAUCCAAAUUGGAGUUUGGACUAAAAAAUGUUGAUGAUUCAAGUCAAAAAGUAGACAAAUCUGAUGACAAAGAUUUAGCUCAAUUGACGAAUGACAUAAAAGCAAUGAUUUCACCAGAAGGGGAGCGAGUGGGCCUUGGAAAGGGGCUUAAAGCCCGAGGAAAUGUGGAAGAUUGGCUUGGAAAAGUAGAAGAGUCUAUGUUUUUCUCAAUGUGGAGUCUGAUGAAAAACUGCCUCCGGGAUUUCAUUAUCAGACAGAGAACUGAAUGGGUUUUAAACCACUCCUCUCAGCUCAUCCUCACAAUAUCACAAGUAAUGUGGGUUAGGGAUGUACACUCGGCACUUACCAUCGAAUACAAAUAUCGUGAGGAGGCAGUUCACAUUCUUGAGAAGAAAUGUUUUGAUGAGCUCAACGAUUUGGCCACAAUGGUCCGCGGGGAACUGACAAAAUUGCAACGAAACAUUCUUGGGGCUUUAAUUACCCUUGAUGUACACUCAAGGGAUAUAGUUUCCUCACUGGUGCACAACCACAUCCACUCUGUAUCAAAUUUUGAAUGGAUAAAACAAUUUCGAUAUUAUUGGGAGAAGAAAAUUGAUAACUGUGUCGCUUGCAUGGCCAGUUCAAGACAUAUAUACAAUUAUGAAUAUCUUGGCGCAUCCGGCAGACUCGUGUUGACACCUCUUACUGACAAAUGUUAUCUAUGUCUCAUGGGUGCCCUUCAGUUGGAUUUAGGCGGUGCACCAGCCGGGCCUGCAGGAACUGGUAAAACUGAAACGACAAAAGACUUAGCUAAAGCUUUAGCGAUUCAAUGCGUUGUAUUCAACUGUUCAGAAGGCUUAGAUUAUAAAAUGAUGGGCCGAUUUUUCUCUGGACUAGCCCAGUGUGGAUCUUGGUGUUGUUUUGACGAAUUCAAUAGAAUAGAUAUUGAAGUUUUAUCUGUUAUAGCGCAACAGUUAAUAACAAUUCGAAAUGCCAAGUUGGCAAAGCUGAAAAAGUUUAUGUUCGAAAGAAGAGAAAUUAAACUACAACCACAAUGUGCUACUUUUAUCACAAUGAACCCUGGUUAUGCAGGAAGAACAGAGCUUCCUGACAACUUAAAAUCAGUUUUUCGACCUUUCGCUAUGAUGGUUCCUGAUUAUACUCUCAUAGCUGAGGUGAUAUUGUAUUCAGAAGGAUUUGAGUCGUCAAAAAAUCUUGCACAAAAGAUGGUCAACAUGUAUAAGCUAUGCAGUGAACAACUUUCACAGCAAGAUCAUUACGACUUUGGAAUGAGAGCUGUUAAGAGUGUGUUAACAAUGGCAGGAAGCCUUAAACGUGAUGAGCCUUAUUACGCUGAAGAUGUUGUGCUCAUUAGAGCGUUAAGAGACUCUAACUUACCAAAGUUUAUAGCAGAGGAUGCAGUCUUAUUCCAGGGAAUUUUGCAUGAUCUGUUCCCAGGGAUUGACAUUCCUACACCAGAUCUUGGUGUUUUUUCCACACACAUGGAGUCUGUUGUCUUUAGCAUGAAUCUCGAACCCGAAUUCAUCACAUUCCUGAAGACAAUUCAGUUGUAUGAAACCAUACUUGUUAGACAUGGAGUUAUGACAGUUGGGCCAACUGGUGGUGGAAAGACAACUAUCUUAAAUGUUUUAAAAGGAACCUUGACAAGAUUAUAUCAACAAGAGGCUGUAGGCCCAAAUUACAGGCCUGUCACGAUGUACACAUUGAAUCCCAAAUCAAUAACGAUGGGAGAACUUUUUGGAGAAAUCAACCAUAUCACAUUAGAAUGGAGAGAUGGACUACUUGGGUUUUUUGUCAGAACUGCUGUGAACUGUAUGGAAGAGAGGCAUCAAUGGAUUGUUUGUGAUGGUCCAGUAGAUGCAGUUUGGGUUGAGAACCUGAAUACAGUGCUUGAUGACAAUAAAAUGCUUUGUCUUUCUAACUCUGAACGAAUUAAAUUAACACCAUGGGUCAGAAUGCUUUUUGAGGUGCAAGAUCUUGCUCAAGCAUCCCCAGCUACUGUUUCUCGUUGUGGUAUGGUUUACAUAGACCCAGAAGACCUCAAAUACCUUCCUUAUGUGAAAUCCUGGGCCAAGACUACACAAUUUGAAGGCACCUUCCCUGACCAAAUGAGAGACCUACUUUUACAACUUUUUGUAGAGUGGGUUCCUAAAGGGUUGGCUUUUAUUAAAAAAAAUACCACUUAUGUGUUUUAUCAACCUGAUAUAAGUAAAAUGGGCACUUUCUGUGCAAUAUUGAAAUCAUUGUUAAAAACAAAAAUCCUGGUUGAAAAGUAUUUAGAUUGGGAUUCAGUCAAAAAAGCCAUUCACCAGUGCUUUGUGUUAGGGUACCUCUGGUCACUUGGCGGCAACUUGGAUGAAAAUUCGAGAGAGAUAUUUGAAUCAUUUAUAAGGGGACUUUUUGAAGACGUUGGUGAUUUUAGACUACCGCCUGGGUUAGAUUACUGGACAGUUUUUUAUGAUUUUGAAAACAAAAAACUAGAACAAUGGCAGACUCUAGUCAUGCCAUUUAUUUAUGCGAGUGACACUCCUUUCUUUCAAAUGACAGUGCCGACACUCGACACUGUAAGAUUUGGCAUUAUCAUAAAGAAUUUACUUGAAGAAAAUUACCCGGUUCUUCUUACUGGAGGAACUGGUGUUGGGAAAUCAAUUAUAGCAAAAGAUGUGCUGAACACUUUAGUAAGAAAAGACGUUUGGCAGACUGUUGUCAUAAAUUUUUCAGCACAAAGUUCUUCAUCUAGAACGCAAGAAAUGAUAGAGAGCAAAUUAGAAAAGAAACGAAGGAAUGUUUUAGGAGCACCAAUUGGCAAAAGGGUGAUUGUUUUUGUAGAUGAUGUCAAUAUGCCUAAAGUUGAGCAGUACGGCGCCCAACCUCCGAUUGAACUUUUGAGGCAAUUUUUAGAUUUUAAAGGCAUGUAUGACAGGGAAAAACUGUACUGGAAAGAGAUAACAGAUGUAGUUUUGUGCACUGCUUGUGCACCACCCGGUGGGGGAAGAAAUCCUUUGACUCCUCGUUUUGUUAGACACUUUGCUAUGUUCCUGAUUCCUUCACCCUCUGAGAUGAAUUUGAGAUUGAUAUUCAAGUCGAUCCUAAAAGGAUUUUUAGAUGAUUUUUCAAAUGACAUACAAGCACUGACAGAAAUCUUGGUUCUCGCUUCUAUAAACAUAUACCAGACCAUAUCAGAAGAUCUUCUCCCCACACCAGCCAAAUCGCAUUAUGUCUUUAAUCUUAGAGAUUUGAGUAAAUUGAUCCAAGGGAUAUUACAAGCCAAUCCUUAUACAAUGAGAGAUCCAAAAGAAAUGAUGAGGCUCUUCUUCCAUGAGAGUUUAAGGGUCUUUCAUGACCGUUUAAUCGAUGUAGAUGACAGAAGCUAUUUCUACAGGCUUGUAAGGGACACAUGUUCAAAAUUUUUUGGCCAAGAUGUUCUUUCUCUUCCGGAAGAAGGCCCCAUUGUAAAUCCUCCAGUUCUCCUGUUUGCCGAUUUUCAGAAACCAUUGGCAAAAGAGGAUAGAAUCUAUGAAGAAGUUACUAAUAUCUCAAAGCUUAAAUCUGCCCUAGAGGAUUAUUUAGUCGAUUACAAUUUGGUGAAAGGUAAAGACAUGAAUUUGAUCUUCUUCAUGGAUGCCGUUCAGCACAUAUGUCGGCUAGCUAGAAUAUUGAGAGUCGAAAGAGGCAACGCACUUCUUGUGGGUGUUGGCGGCAUGGGAAAACAAUCCCUCACAAACCUAGCAGCCCAUGUGAACCUAUGCGCGUAAGCACAAAAGUAAAACGUAAUAUGAAAUGAUUAAAUCAAUUAAAAAUCCUAUAGAUGCUUUCAAAUACAAAUUUCAAGAAACUAUGAUUUCAAUUCAUUUCGAGGAGAUCUUAGAUUGCUGUACUUCAAAGCAGGCGCGGAAAAUGUGGAAACUGUGUUCUUAUUUACUGACUCUCAAAUACAACAAGAAGAAUAUUUGGAAGAUAUAAAUAAUAUUUUAAACACAGGAGAAAUUUCUAACCUAUUCGAAGGAGAUGACUAUGAAAGGGUUAUGGUAUCAUGCCGUGCAGCUGCCAAAGCGUCUGGAGUAAACGACAGCAACCGUGAUGCCAUUUACGACUAUUUCAUUUCCCAAGUAAGAAGGAAACUACAUCUUGUUAUAUGUAUGAGCCCAAUUGGAGAAGCCUUUCGACAAAGGUGCAGAAUGUUUCCAUCAUUGGUCAAUUGCUGCACAAUAGACUGGUACACCAACUGGCCUGAAGAAGCUCUUAUAUCAGUCGCACAAAACAGCUUAGCGACACUUCUACCAAAAGAGUAUAUCGAUAAAGCUGCUUCUGCAUUCUAUACAAUGCAUACUUCUGUUGAAGAGAUGAAUGUACGAUAUUUUAAAGAAAAAAGGAGGCAUUAUUAUGUGACACCAAGCAGUUAUUUAGAUUUACUUAAACUAUACGAUGUACUGCUUAAAAACAAAAGAGACCAAUUGCAAGGAACAAGAAAUAAAAUUGCAAAUGGGUUGAAGAAAAUCUUUGAGACAAAUGAUCUCGUAGCGAUUAUGCAAGAACAAUUGAUCAAAAUGGAACCUCAAUUACAAGAAAAGUCAGAAGCAACUGCAGAAUUGAUGAGUUCUUUGAUAAAGGAAAAGUCGGCUGCAGAUGAAGUCCGACAAGUCGUACUAAACGAGGAAGCUAUAGUCAAGGCUAAAGCUGUAGUAUGCCAGAAUUUGUCUGAUGAUGCACAACGGGAUUUAGACCUUGUUCUGCCUGCACUAGAUGCUGCAACAAAAGCACUUGAUUCAUUGAACAAAAGUGAAAUUAAUGAAGUUCGAGUCUUCAUAAGUCCUCCUAGCUUGGUGAAGUUUGUGAUGGAAGCAGUCUGCCUUCUCUUAGGCCAAAAACAAGAUUGGGCCACUGCCAAAAUGGUCCUUGGUGAUGGUAACUUCUUGAAAAAAUUGAAAGAGUAUGACAAGGACAAUGUAUCUGAUGCUCUGCUGAAAAAACUAAAACCUUUUAUUGACAAUGACGAGUUCAACCCUGAUGCAGUUGGAACCCAGUCAUUUGCUUGUAGAUCCUUGUGCAUGUGGGUCAAAGCAGUAGACACUUACGCCCGCGUGUUCAGAGUAGUAGAGCCAAAGCGUCAAAAGGUGCAAGAAGCAGAAAAAGAAUUGAACCAAAUAAUGGGUAUCCUUCGAGCAAAGCAACAAAAUCUUGCAGAUGUCGAGCAGCAGAUUGCAGCUUUAGAAGCCAAGUAUGAUGCAAGUGUUCAAGAUAAAGCAAACUUAGAAGCUGCAAUGGAUCUAUGUUCUGCUCGGUUAAACAGAGCCGGACGUUUAACCUCUGCCCUUGUUGAUGAACAAAUACGCUGGGAACAACUAGUUGAAGCAUUUAAAGAUGAAAUCAUGAAUACAAUAGGUGAUGUGUUAAUUGCAUCAGGAUGUGUGGCUUAUCUUGGUCCUUUUACUGUAAACUACAGAGAAGAGUUGAUAAGUCAAUGGCAUAAACUUAUAAUUAAGUUAGCUAUUCCUCUUUCUCCUAUGUUCAGUUUGAUUACUGUGUUGGCCGACCCAUAUGAGGUGAGGUUUUGGAACUCGUGUGGUCUCCCUGGAGAUACCGUUUCUAUCGAAAGUGCAAUAUUUGUGACUAACACCAUUCGCUGGCCUUUGAUGAUUGAUCCUCAAGAGCAAGCAAAUCAAUGGAUCAGAACCAUGGAAGCUGAGAACAACAUAAAAAUGGUCAAGCUAACUGAUCAUGGAUUCAUGAAAACUCUCGUAAAUGCAAUAAGGGCAGGCCUGCCGGUUCUGAUCUGGGAGGUUGGUGAAACUUUAGAUCCAAGUUUAUCACCUAUACUCCAAAAACGAACGUACAUGCAGAGUGGCAGAAUGCUUAUGAAAAUAGGUGACACAGAAGUGGAGUAUGACAACAAAUUCAGGCUUUAUAUAACAACUAAGCUCCCUAACCCUCAUUACUUGCCAGAUAUUUGUAUUCAAGUGGCUAUCGUUAAUUUCACUGUUACACCUAAUGGUUUAGAAGAGCAAUUACUUGUGGAUGUGGUUCGUCUUGAAAAGCCUGACUUAGAGGCUCAAAGAACAGAACUUAUUAUCAAUAUAAAUAAAGACAAAACACAGUUGAAAGCUUUAGAAGAUAAAAUUCUUAAAAUGCUUUACACAUCUCAAGGAAAUAUUCUAGACGAUGAAGAACUCAUAGAAACGUUGAACAUAAGCAAAGAAACAUCUGCCAUAAUAGCGUCCAGGUUAGCUGAAUCGGAAGACACUGAGAUACAAAUCUCUGCUGCGAGAAAUGUUUAUAAGACUGUUGCAGCUAGAGGGUCAUGUCUUUACUUUGUAAUAGCACAGUUGUCUGAAAUUGACCCAAUGUAUCAGUUUUCACUGAAAUAUUUUAACCGAAUUUUCAACCAAUGUAUUACCAAUGAGCCACAUGAAGACAAGUUCAGCAAAAAACUUGAAAACUUAAUCAACUCAUUAACUAUCGCUGUUUACAAUAAUGUUUCACAUGGUCUGUUUGAGAAAGAUAAACUCAUAUUCAGCUUUUUGCUUUGUACAAGCAUCCACCGUCAACUGGGAGAAAUCAACGAAGCUGACUGGGAGUUUUUUGUUAGGGGGCCUGUUUCCAUGGCACAGAAAGCUCCACCCAAGCCUCCUUUGGCAAAUCUCACCGAGACAAUUUGGAACAGCUGCUUUUUCUUGGAUAAAUAUCAUCAUUCAUUCAAAGGUCUUCUUACAAAUCUUCAUAAUGUUAUAAAGAUAUCACUUGGCGAUCUUAAAGUGAUAUUCCAUUUUCCAUCUCGUGCGAAAACUGCUAAUAUAGCACAUCUGAAUUUUGAAAAGGAUCUAACUUUAUUUGAAAAGCUUAUGCUUAUUAAAGGUUUAAAAGAAGAAAAGACUGUAUUUGCAAUCACAGAAUAUAUUAAGAUAAGUUUAGGAAAACAGUUUGUCGAGAGCCCAUUGGUUUCACUUCAUUCACUGUUCAAAGAAACUUCUAAUUUGACUCCUUUGGUUUUUGUCCUGAGCACUGGGUGUGAUCCAGUUGGUUCAUUUUUGAGGUUUGCUGUUGAAAUGGGCUACAAGGAUAGAGCACAUUGCAUUUCUUUGGGACAGGGGCAAGGACCAAUAGCGCAGAAAAUGAUAGAAAAGGGAAGGACAAAAGGGGAUUGGGUGUUUUUACAAAAUUGUCAUUUAGCUUCUUCCUGGAUGCCUCAGCUUGAAUUCAUACUUUUGAACAUUGCUGAUUGUGUACCCGAGCUGCAUAAGGACUUCAGAAUGUUUUUGAGCUCGAUGCCUUCUAAAUUCUUCCCUGUGUCAAUAUUACAAAAUGCAGUCAAAGUAACUAAUGAACCUCCUAAGGGAAUCAGAGCAAACUUAAAGAGGGCUUUUGCUGAAAUUGACCCGAAUUUCUUCCGAGACCACCCGAUCGGUUCACGAUGGCGUAAGAUGAUAUUUGGCCUGUGCUUUUUCCAUGCGAUUGUGCUCGAGCGGAAAAAGUUCGGCCCACUCGGGUGGAACAUCUUGUAUGAGUUCAGUGAGAGUGACAGGGAAUGUGCCCUACUAAAUUUGGACCUUUAUUGCCAAAAGGGAAGAUUUGGCAUUCCCUGGGAAGCUUUGCAAUACAUUACAGGUGAAAUCACAUAUGGUGGUAGGGUCACUGAUAUCUGGGACCAGAGGACAUUAAAAACAAUACUAAAAGGGUUUUUCUCCCCAUCUUCACUUAUGGAUGGCUACAAAUAUUCUCCAUCAGGAAUCUAUUUCUGUCCAGAGAGUGAUAUCUGCAAUAAUCUGGAGAGUUACAGAUAUUUCAUAGAAAACAUGCCCCUUCUCGAAGAGCCUGAAAUUUUUGGAAUGCAUGAAAAUGCUAAUCUUACAUUCCAGAGCAAAGAGACGGCAUACAUUCUGAUUACCAUUAUGGAAAUCCAACCUAAAGAGUCGAGCAUAAAAGAGGGUAAAUCAAGUGAUGAAAUUGUAUCAGAUCUGUCAGAAUUUAUCAAAUCGAGCAUCGAUACAAAAAUCAUGGAUGAUGAAGUUUAUCCAUUACACGUUAAGCAAGACGAGACUGGAAGAGUGCCUCCAUUGUCUACAGUCCUGUUCCAAGAAAUUGACAGAUUUAAUAAGCUUCUGAAGAUUAUACAUAGAUCAUUAAACGACCUAUUGAAAGCAAUCAAAGGAUUUGUUGUUAUGUCUGAUGCAUUAGAAGAAAUUUACAAAUCAUUUUUAAAUAAUACAGUACCAAAGCUAUGGAACAGAAGUGCUUAUCCUUCCCUUAAACCACUCGGAAGCUGGACGCAUGAUCUACAGUUAAGACUAGACUUCAUAAAUUUUUGGAAAAGAAGUGGAUCACCAUCAUCUUUCUGGCUCCCUGGCUUGUUCUUUCCACAAGGGUUUAUGACUGGAGUUUUACAGACCUCAGCAAGAAAAAAUAGCUUUCCCAUCGAUCGCUUAAAAAUAGAUUUCUAUGUACAGAAGGCACUCAUUGAUCAAGAAGAUGUCCGAAGAUUCCAUUUAAAAUAUAACAAAGAUGUUAUUGAGACAUACAAAGGUUUGAAACCACCAUCAGAUGGAGUUUUCAUUCACGGAUUGUUCCUUGAUGCUGCAAGGUUUGACAUUAGCAAAAUGCUUCUAACUGAUCCAAACCCAGGAGAGAUAAACCCAAAACUGCCUGUGCUUGCGCUAAAGCCGGUAAAACAUGGUGUACAGCCUGCUAACCGCUAUGAAGCUCCGCUGUACAAAACGUCAAUCCGAGCCGGUGUCCUUUCAACCACAGGGCACAGUACUAACUUUGUCAUAGCUGUUUUACUUCCUACUGACAAACCUCAAAGCUACUGGAUCCUCAAAGGUACUGCUUUGCUCACACAAAUAAGUGAAUAACUGUGUUAAAGUGCUGAAAAAUAAAUACAACUUUUUCAAAAGGC